AUGGUUUUGCUCCGGAUUCCGCUUGGAAUUGGAAUUUUGUUGUUUUGGACGGGCAGCAUCAGAGCGGAUCGGCAUGAGGGGCGCUUGUAUUCGCAGUUGCUGGAUGACUACUUGCCGUUGGCGCGGCCUGUCGAGAAUUCGUCGGCGGCUGUCGUCGUGCACAUGGGGCUUGUCUUGCAGAGCAUCAUCUCCGUGGACGAAAAGAACCAAAUUGUCGACGUGAACGCCUGGUUGAAGCUGUCCUGGCACGACUACCAUUUGAUGUGGGACAAGGAAAAGCACGGCGGCGUCUCCGAUCUGCGGUUUCGGAAGAACCAAAUCUGGACGCCGGACGUGUUGAUGUACAACAGCGCCGACCCGCAGUUCGACUCGAUGCACGCGUCCAACGUCUUGGUGUAUCCGGACGGAAAUUGUCUCUGGAUACCGCCGGCGAUAUUUCGAUUGAGCUGCAACAUUCAGAUCGUGUGGUUCCCGUUUGAUAUGCAGUAUUGCAAGAUGAAGUUCGGCUCCUGGACGUGGGACGGCACAAAGCUUGAGCUGAGGGUCGAUGAAAAUGGGCUGGAUACGUCGACAUUUAUGAGCAACGGCGAGUGGAAGCUCGUAGCCACAAGCGCCCUACGCAACACCCAAUAUUACACGUGCUGCCCGGAGCCGUAUUACGACAUCGUCUUCACGUUUACCAUUCAUCGGCGCUCGUUGUUUUACGUUUUUAACCUGAUCCUCCCGUGUAUAUUGAUCACGAUGCUGACGCUGAUCGGGUUUACCCUGCCGCCAGACGCCGGCGAAAAGAUGUCGUUUCAAAUCACGAUCAUGCUGUCGAUCUGCAUCUUCCAGAACUACGUCACCGAGCUGUCGCCACCUACCUCGGAGGCUAUACCGUUUCUAGGCGCCUUCUUUUCCCUGUGCAUGUUCACGUGCGCCGGGUCGUGCGUGUUCACGGCGCUCGCGCUCAACCUACACAACCGCACGUCACGCUCUCACGAAAUGGGCGAAUUGUUUCGCAAAGUGUUGCUCGAGUGGCUGCCCUACCUGUUGAUGAUGCGACGCCCGGGGCACAAAGCGCGCGGUCGGCAUUUGAGGAAGGAUAAGCCGGACGUGACGAACGAGGCCAGCCAUUGCGUGUCGGCGACGCUCGCCAAAUUGCUGGUGGACAGCCCGGUGAGCAGUCCGCGGUGGCAGAUCGAGGAUGAGACGGAUAAUCGAUAUUCUCGCGACUCAUACAGCGGCUCUUGGAUGCCGACGUACUCGACCAUCGGCAAGGAGGGCACGACGCCUGGUGGUGCAAUCGCCCAGUUGCUGAUCUUGCAGCAGUUAUACUAUAAUCUUACGAGUAUCAACUCGUACUUUGAAGAUCAAGAGGAAAAGAAGGAGACCGAGGACGACUGGAAGUUCGCGUCGAUGGUCGUCGACCGUUUUUGCCUGUUCUUCUUCUCGGCGUUCAUCCUGUUCGCCACGGUGUCGCUGUUCAUGUCGGUGCCCCGGAUAUUGGACACGAUA